AUGACUGGGAGGAAGGAAGGAUCGACCCACCGCGAAAGGCCGACUUGCUUUUGCACAAGCCUCCACUGGACGGCGACCGAAUCCUGGUGCGGAUUACAACACAUCAUAAGUCGGACUGGCGACAUCCCGCGAUGCAAGCUGCAAGAAGAUAUUGACGUCCAAGAUCUGAAAGCCACAACCUUGUUGCGAUUUCCAAUGGGCAACAAACUGAUCAGCCAAGACCCACCAUGGCUUGUUUUCUGGUUGACAGGUGACAACCACUAUCGUUGUAUCGUUGGCCCCGUGUGGCAAUAUACUUUCGAGUCUCCGACCGCAACACCAAAUCAGGCAACAGGGCAGCCUAUCAGAUCGGAUCUGUCCCCAGGAAAGGUUGAGGCACAGACCAACAAACUGGCCGAUCAACCCAAUCCACCCUGA